GGGGGGGCGAGAGAGAGAGAGAUGACUGGGUGAAUGUUGCUGAUAGCAGAGCUGAGUGAAAGGACACCUACAUCAGACGCAUUAGAAGACUGAGACAAGAAUGGACCAAUCAAAACCACACGUAGAUGUGUUCCACUACAGGAACAAGGAACAGUCGUCCGACCUCCUACUGCAGCUGAACCGUCUGAGGCAGACCAGGAUCCUUACCGACGUGCUCCUCUGUUCAGAUAACACAGAGAUCCCCUGCCACCGUAACAUCCUGGCCUCCAGCAGCCCUUACUUCACGGCCAUGUUCUGUCACCACUUCAGAGAGACCAACCAGGAGAAGGGGAUCACCUCCAGCAUCCUGAGUGACAUCGUCGACUACGUCUACACAGGGGUCAUCACCAUCACCAUGGAGAUAGUACUGCCCCUUAUGCAGGCUUCCUCCAUGCUCCAGUACACCAGGCUGUUCGAGGCCUGCUCCUCUUUCCUGCAGGAGCAGCUGAGCCCAGACAACUGCCUCAGCAUGAAGCGACUGGCAGAGAUAUUACACUGCAACAGCCUGAAGGAGAAGGCCAGGGAGAUGGCAGUACAGAGCUUCUCUGACGUCUCUACCUCUGAGGACCUGUGUGAGCUCUCCUUACCUGAGCUGAUGGGUUACCUGGAGGAUGACUGGCUCUGUGCUGAGGAGGAGCAGGUGUUCGAGACGUUACUGGCGUGGAUCCACCACGACCCGUUCUCCCGGCGCGGCGCCAUCUCCGACCUCUUCAGGAAGGUGCGUCUGCGCUACAUCCACCCCACCUACCUGUUCCAAUUCAUCGCCAGCGACCCCCUCGUCCAGUCCUCCACCCUGUGCACCGAGGUCAUCGAGUCCGUCCGACGCCUCAUGUUCUCCAUCACUACUAAGUGUGGGUCGGACCUCAAGCCCCUGUGGGUGACCCCGCGGCGUUUCACCUGCCGGGAGACCCUGGUUCUCGUUGGCGGCCGCAAGAACAACGAACAGACGUCCCGCGAAGCACUGCUGUUCGACGAGAGGACUCAGCGCUGGCAGUGGCUGGCCAAGCUGCCCUUGCGACUCUAUAAGGCCUCCUACGUCUGUAUCCACAGUAUCCUGUAUGUCCUGGGAGGCCUCACCAUGAACACCAAGCACAGAGUGGUCAGCACCACUGUCUAUACGUUGUCUCUAAAGACCAACCAGUGGAGGACAACUGAGCCCAUGAUCCAGCCUCGCUUCGCCCACCAGUCGGUCUCCUACCUGCACUUUAUCUUCGUCCUGGGGGGCCUGGGGCCGGAGAAGCAGGUGUGCGACACGGUGCAAAGGUACAAUAGUAUGUUCAACCAAUGGGAGGCUAUGGUUCCCAUGCCGACGGCUGUGCUACACCCGGCGGUUGCCGCUAACGAUCAAAGAAUCUACAUGUUCGGGGGAGAAGACGCGAUGCAGAACCCUGUCAGGAUGAUACAGGUGUAUCACAUUGGCAGGAAUAUGUGGUCUAUGAUGGAGACCAGGACAGUGAAGAACGUUUCUGCACCAGCAGCAGUCCUUGAUGACAAGAUCUACAUUAUCGGAGGCUACACCAGAAGAAUGAUCGCGUAA